AUGAACGAGGCUGCCAGAGCCCGACAGCCACGGGCGCCGAUUCUGAUCGUUUCGGCGAUGUGCGUGAUGAUGAUGUUCUGGUGGGCACCGGCACUAUUUUCUGCGGUUGCCUUGGGCAGCGUGCUUGGUGAGGAUUCCACUCACAAGGCUUUCGCUGUCGGUGGUCAAAGCGAGCGGGGUGACACGAAGCGGGAGCAGAUGAAGCGCGAGUAUGCGGAGCGCCAGGCGCGGGAGCAAGCCAACAAGUGA